AUGAUGGGAGUCUCUCGGAUAGCAGGCGGAGUCCUGGUGGCUUUUAUUCUCUAUCGUUUGUAUAUUAUCAUUACACGCCUUUAUUUCCAUCCUCUUGCGAAUUUCCCAGGGCCAAAGCUUGCAGCGGCAACAACACUCUACCGCGCCUAUUAUCAAGUAUGGAAGGACGGCAAGAUGAUCGAACACAGCACCCAGCUACAUGAGAUUUAUGGGCCGGUGGUUCGCACGUCGCCGACUGAGCUUCACUUCCGACGCCCAGAGGCCUACCAUGAUAUCUUCUCAAGCAAGUUCGAUGGUAUCAAGGACCCGGAUUACUACGCACACCUGGGGUCCGCUUCAUCACUGUUCGGUAUGAGUGAUCCCGUCGAACAUAAGCAUCGGUUCCGCUCAGUGGCUUCGCUGUUCUCCAAACCUCACAUUGAUUCACUAAACCCUAUGAUAAAAAGUCAUGUUCAACGAUUUCGAGAUCUCUUAUUCAAGACAGCGGAAAAGGAUGAGGUUUGCCAAUUAUCUUUCGGUUUCAGAUCUGUCCUUCUGGCAAUUGUAAAUGAGUUUACCUUCGCUUCUUUACCUGAAAAUAUGGAUACCCUCCAAGACGAAUCGUUCUGCCAUCCAUUGACGCUUACCACCCACUACUCGGCUACAUGGCUUAUCUGGCUGGGCAGGAACUUUCCAUUGUUAGCCAUGCUUGUGUAUAUGCUCCCGUGGAAAGUAUUCUCCCUCCUGAGCGGGUCAUGCGCAAUUUCACCGCAAUUUAUGGAAAUUCUAACGGAAAUCACACGCAACGAUGUCAAAUCUAUUUCUACCAAUGGUCCAAAAGAAACAUUUCUUCAUCGUCUUGCAACGAGGUCCCUUGAUGGGCGCUUCGUGGCUGAUGGCACAGCUCUCCCUGAAUCAAUUCUCAUCGAGGAGGCUCUCUCAACCAUGCUCGGUGGUACUCUCGAUAUGGCCAACGCCUUGCCAUAUGGGACAUUCUGUGUUUCACAGAACGAGGAAUUACAGGAGAAAAUCUUUCAAGAACUUAAGUCAGUUUGGCCUGACAGCAGCACAACUUUGCCCGACUAUGAUACUUUGCGCCACUUACCCCUUCUUGACGGCGUGGUCAAGGAAAGCUUACGUUUGACAUACGGCGUCAUUGUGGGACCCCCACGUCUUGUCGGCUCAAGUGGUGCUCACAUUGACGGAUAUUAUGUUCCUCCAAAGACUGUUGUUGCCACUUCUUCGGUUUAUCUUCAUUUAGACCCAUCUGUCUUUCCAAACCCAGACGAGUUCGAUCCAUUGCGUUGGGCUGGUACGGAUAGAGAGCAGAUGCAGCGUUCCCUAGUCCCAUUCUCCAAGGGACGCCGGAUGUGUCCUGCUAGCUACAUGUCAUAUAUGGAGUUGUUCUCAAUCUUCGCAAUGGUUUUCCGUAGCUUCAAAGUAAUUGCGAACAGAAUGUGUCUUCACGAUUUUGAGAUCAGCGAAUACCUAACACCCCACUUUAGAGGGAAGCCAUUGGAGGUCAAACUCGAAAAAAGGAUCUAG